CCUGAGGAACCAUUGCAAAGUGAUUGUUGUGGUCAAGGUUGUAAUCCUUGCGUCUUCGAUAUCUAUGAAAGCGAUAUUGCAAAGUGGAAGAAGAAAUGCCGUCGUAUUCUUAAUAAUGAAGAAGAUUUUCUGGAAGAUACUACGAAAAAUUGUCGUCUGGCAGGCAUAGUGCUUGAUCAAUUUACAUCUUUACAGAUCAUAUCCAUACAAAAGAUUACUGAAAAAUUAAUUACUUAUCGAUUUAAAUUGCCUAAUAAUAAACCACUGAAUUUAAAUCCUGGUCAGCAUUUGCUAUUAGCCCAUAAAGCUAACGAUUUUAUGCUUACGCGUCAAUAUACACCAAUAAGUUCCGUUGAUACCGUUGGAUAUUUCGAUGUUUUUAUCAAAAUUUAUGAUAACGGUAAAAUGUCAGAUCAGAUUCGACAAUGGCAUGUAGGAGAUUAUGCUAUGUGGAGAGGACCUUAUGGCGAUUUUCAAUAUCUGCCCAAUCAAUGCAAAAAGAUAUUAAUGCUAGCGGCUGGAACUGGUGUUGCGCCGAUGAUACAAAUUAUACGCUAUGUUAUCAAUAAUGAGAACGAUGAUACUCUACUUCAUUUAAUUUUAUCCGUCAAGUAUUAUGACGACAUAGCUUUAAAACAUGACCUAGAUGCUUUCAAGCAGUAUUGGAAUGUAACUGUCGAAUACGUUCUAACUUGCGAGAAAGAUACGAAAAAAUUCAAAUAUGGUGAUAAAAUUACGCUUAGCAAGGUUGAUCACCAAUUUCUUGAAAAAGUCUUAUUUCCUCCAUCUCAAAAUUCUAAAGUGCUUAUAUGCGGAACAAAAUCAUUCGAAAAAGACAUGAUAAAAUAUUUAAAGCAAUUCGGCUUUACUGAAGAGAAUUAUUUUAAAUUUUAG